AUGAUGAUAUUAAAUAUAUUAAUAAUUGAUAUAAUAAUUCAAUUGAUUGGAUUAAGAUGGUCAAUUAUAAACAAAUCAGAGAAAUAUUAUGAUUUGGCAGGUACAAGUGCAUUUGUAUUGUGUACAUUGUCAACUAUAUGGUUUGGUCAUGCGUACUGUUCUACGAGAAGUUUGGUGGCUGCAUUGAUGAUCAUAGUAUGGGCAUCGAGAUUGGGGUACUUUUUGUACUCUAGAAUCACUCGAUUCACAGACAACCCAGGUGUAGAUAAAAGAUUCGAAGGUGUACGUGAUAAACCAAAGAUCUUAUCAUUCUAUUGGUUCAUGCAAACACUUUGGGUAUUCCUAGUCAUAGUUCCAUUACUCUUACUCAACAAAACACAAUAUCAAAGUUAUCAACAAUUCGGUCAACAACAACAACAACAAAUAACACUAGACAAUAUCAAUGAUCACUUUAACAAUCAUAAUCUAUUCAAUCUAGUUGAUAUUGGUUUAAUGGUAUUAUGGUUGUUUGGAUUCUCAAUAGAGUGUAUUGCAGAUCUUCAAAAAAGAAAGUUUCAUCUCAACCCCAACAAUCAUGGUAAAUGGAUUGCAAGUGGUCUUUGGAACUACAGUCGUCAUCCAAACUAUGUAGGUGAAAUAAUAGUUCAUUGGAGUAUUUAUGCAUUUUGUGUUCGUGGGUAUCCAUCAAUCGAUGGAUCUUUGACAUGGUCACUAGUAGCUUUGGUCGCUCCCCUCUUUGUCACAUUUCUCAUGACUAAAAUAUCAACUCCCAUGUUGGAGAAACUAGCCGACAACAGAUGGAAAGGUAAUACUCAUUAUGAUAGAUACAAACAAACAACUCCAAAAUUAUUUCCUUUUCCAACAAUAAAUUAA